GGCCGGCCGAACGCUCUCGCUCCCCGCAGGGCUGGGCGCCCGCUGCAGGCGGUGGCCCUGCUGGCCUUGCUGCUGACCUUGGACCUGCCUCAGGCGCUGACUAGCAACAGGACCAGACGGCAAGAGAAUCUGAGAUGUCACGUUUGUGAGAAAGAGAAUGAUUUUGGCUGCACCAAUGAACAGGAAUGUGAAGAAAAUGUCACAUACUGUAAUCUUGUGGCAGUCAAAAUAUUGUCACGUUUCUUCUACGUUUCAAAGCAGUGUUCCAUGUUUUGUCCGUAUGUGAUGCCAAUACUCGACCAAAAGUCCUUUUUAAUCGAAAAGCCCAUGCCUUUCUUCUACGUGAACUGCUGUAAGGGCAAUUUAUGCAAUUUGAAUGCACCAAACUUCAAAGGAGAGUCCUUCCGAGAACAGGCUGACAGGGCCAGUGUGAGGAGCCAUAGCCAAGCCAUGCUGACUGUUGUCAUGGCCAGUGCCACCACCUUUGCAGGCCUUAGCUUGCUGUAAGCUCAGAAGGGCCUGGGCUACGCUUUCUGGGACAUAAGCUCACCACAGACUGUUGAAAUCUGUUGCAUUAAACUAGUUCUCCUUUGGUUA